CCGGAGUCCCCGCGUCCCCGCAGCCCCCAGAAACCGGACAACUGUUGCGGCGGCGGCGGGGGCAUCGCGGGGGCGUGGGCAGCCCCCGCACCCCAGCAGGCGGCUCCCGCGGGCGCCGGCUCCCGGCUACGGAGCGAGGAACGAGCGGGCGGCGGGCACGAGGCAGCUCUGGACGGAUCAAUGCAAGCCAAACGAUGACCAGUUGUGGCCAGCAGUCCUUGAACGUGCUCGCCGUCCUCUUCUCGUUGCUGUUUUCUGCAGUCUUGUCUGCACAUUUCCGGGUCUGUGAACCCUACACAGACCACAAAGGCCGCUACCACUUCGGCUUCCACUGCCCCCGGCUCUCGGACAACAAGACCUUCAUCCUCUGUUGUCACCAUAACAACACGGUCUUCAAAUACUGCUGCAACGAGACGGAGUUCCAGGCGGUGAUGCAGGCAAACCUCACGGCCAGCUCCGAGGGUUACAUGCACAACAAUUACACCGCCUUGUUGGGAGUGUGGAUCUAUGGCUUUUUCGUGUUGAUGCUACUGGUUCUGGACCUUUUGUAUUACUCGGCAAUGAACUACGACAUCUGCAAGGUCUACCUGGCACGGUGGGGCAUCCAGGGACGAUGGAUGAAACAGGACCCCCGGCGGUGGGGGAACCCUGCUCGGGCCCCUCGGCCAGGGCAGCGGGCCCCACAGCCGCAGCCUCCCCCAGGCCCACUGCCGCAAGCCCCCCAGGCCGUGCACACGCUGCGGGGAGAUGCUCACAGCCCACCGCUGAUGACCUUCCAGAGUUCGUCUGCCUGAAAACCCUUUUGCUGUGCCUCAGGAUGGGGGAGAUGAGAUCUGAAGCACCCAGUGCAGCCUCUGAGAAGAACAACUUCUACAGAGAUGCCAGGGACAGCCGAGGUAGCGACGGUGGCAGAGGAAGAAAUGCUGCCUGUGCCCAAAACCCUCUUCCGUGGACUUCUAAGAUUAGGAGCAAACUCAGGGGUAGGGGCUGGGGGUGCCGGGGAAGGGAUUCUGAGCCACCUGUCCGCAAGCAAUAGUCCCAUUUUGGGCUGGUGGCUUCUGAGAGGUGACUCAUUGUGGACUCAGGAUGACCAAGACAAAGCAACUCUGGCUGAUUCCAGCCAGGAGGAUUGAGGUCUGUGAGUUAUACCCAUGGUUGAAAACCGAAGCUUCCCUUGCCCCUGCUCCCUCCAAAUAGCGGCCCCUUGGGGCUAUUUGUGUCAGAAUAUUGGAUGUGCGCGUGUGUGUGUGCGCGUGUGUGAUUUGGGGUGUUCUUUUUGUUUGCUUGGUUGGUUUUUAUUGGGGCUUCCCCCUCAAGUUCUCUGAUGGGCAUGGGUCACCCUCUAGCUGGGGGGUUCUGAUCAGUGUCAAUGUCCAGGCCGCAAGCUUCUUGCUAAAGCACAGGGUACAGCCCCUCUGUGUCUCGGGGGGGCACUGGGGAUUUGAAAAUGCCAGUAGGGUUGGUUCUUACAGAAUUCAUUCCUGUAACAAUAGUAAUACUAAGGGACGCAUCUCAGGCUGACCACAGGUCAGGUACCAAGUUGAGUGUUUUCAUGCACUCUCUCUCUUACCACCUGGGAGGCAGAAAAAGCUCACAGUGGAGAAGGGGUGCCCAGGGCCAUGUGGCCAGGAGGAGACCAACCCCUCGUUUGAUCUCAGGGGUGCAGGAACCCAAAGUCCAGGCUCCAACUCCCUGGACAUGACGUGCUCCCCAGCCAGGGCACACCCUGCACAAUGCCAGGAGCAUCUCCUUGAUGCCUCCACAGGCCAUCUCCCUGAGUUCUCCGCCAUCACCACCUGGAGCGCUGAUCCACUCAGCACAUUCGGGCUAAGCACCUGCUGCCUGCCAGGCCCCGUGCUGGGCACUGAUGGGGACGAAAGAUGAGUCAGACCUUAUCUCUGCCCCUGGGGAGCCUCCCAUCUGGUGGGAGACACAGACACAGGGAUCUUUGCUGGACAGGGUAACGAGGCUACAGAAACCCAAAGAGGAGGGUUCUAGAAAUCCAUCUACUUUCAAGUGGGACUUCCAUGUAAACCUAGAUGCCCAUAACAUCCACCCACAGAGCUUAUCACCUCCACUCCUGCCCCAUUGCACCUAUGAGAUGGCAUCACCUAAAUGAUCACAAACAUCUCCAAAGGCCACGCUGCCAGUGUAGAUACACACAUUCCAUGGGCGUUAGUGAUACCAGACCUCCCUCAGCUCUUAGCUCGGGAGGCCCUGCUUAAUAAACAUGUGUGUCCUCUGAUCCAGUUUCCUCAUUUCAUCAGACCUGGUGUUCUCACACUGACCACCCAUCCAUUCACCAGACACGACAGUGAACAAGGCAGGUCCCUGCUCACUGUGCUGGCUUUCUAGCUGGGGCAAGACAGUGAAGAAGGAAGGUGGCAAGGGCAGUGAGUGCUCUGCUGGGAACUCAGUUCGAGGGACAUGUGAGCGAGACACUUGUGGACCUGGGGUGGUCUGGAAAAGCCUUCUUGAGCAGAUGAUUGAAGCCCGGAUUUGAAUGACACACAGGAGCCAGUAAUGGGCAUUAAAGAUAGCAAAAGAGCAUUUCAGACAGAAGGAAUGGCUAGUUCAAAGGCCCUGAAGCAGCCAUAGUCUUGGUGGUUUCAAGGAAGCAUAAAAAAGCCAGGUGGCUGGGACCCAGAGGAGAUGAGGGCGGGCGAGCAUGCCCAGCUCUGGGCUCCACUGUGAGUCAAGCUGUGCAAACAAUGCCCUGCCUUUGGAAAAGCAGAACAAAGCUGCUAGGGCAUAAAGCAUCCCCAUUCUGCCUGGCUCUCCAUCCUCUCAACAGCCCCGUGAAGAAGGGGCUCUCUCCAUUUUAUGGAUGAGAAGACAGACUCAGCCGGGUCAAGUGGCUUGCCCAGGGUCACACAGGUCGGCUGUGGAAGACCCAGGCCCCUGGCUUCAGUCUUUGGGUUCACCUGUCCCCUCCAGGCAGUGCUGGCAGCGGUAUGCCAGGCCUACAGCUUGGCAGAGGCAAAGUGCGAGAACCUCUGCUUGGGGUCUCAAUUGGAGAAAGGCAUGGCUUCCUCUCCCCUGAUGUGAGCCAUCCCAGGGCCAUGGUGCCAUAAGGGGGUGCACAGCCUGUCCCAUGUGCAGUGCCUCGGAAGGCAGAGGAAGCUUUGGGGUGAGGGGCCCAAGACCCAGAUUCUGACAUCAGCUCUGCCACUGAGAACAAACAGCGUGACCUCAGGCAAGGUCUGUUACCUCAGUUUCCCCAUCGGUAAGAGGAAGGAGUCAGAUGGGUAUUUAAGGGGUUUGCAGCCCUCGUGUCCUGCUGUCCUGGAUGAUGCUCUACAGGUGCUUCCUCCGCCAAAAAGGAACUGGUGACCUUGCCUCCCUCUCCUGCACACCUGGGGUCAGAGGUCACUGCCAAAUAGACAACAGCUAGAGCUGGGGUUCACCUAAGCAUCCCUUGAGAUUUACAACCUUCUAGGAGGACGUUCCUCCUGAAAAAGGUCUUUUCAGGAAUAACUGAAAAACCCAUGGGGUUUGCGGUCCUACUGCUCUGCCAAGUCCCUCUUGGGCAGCUGGGCUGAGGACUGGAACAUUCUGUGGCAAGCAGGAGGUCUCAGCAGAGAUCACCAAGACCCAGCACACCUGGUAUAGAUAGCCUGCGGCAAAGGCAGGUACAGACAGCCACAGCACCCUCCUUCCCACAGGUCACCCCCACGAGUCACUUAACCUCUCAGAGCCUCUGCUUCUUACCUGUCAAGUGUGUGAGGUGGGGUGCCAGGGGGUCACGGUACUUGCUGUCUCACGGAGGAGGUGAGAACGGUGUGCACGCGGGUAUGAACACUCGGUGUAGAAAGCAGGUGUGGGUAUUCAAUCCCCCAGGGGUGUCAAGGGCUCCUCAAAACGCCAUGGGUCCCCAGGUCAUUGUGAGAAACACUGUCCCCAUCCUGCUGUGGUUGUGGCGGGCAGGUCCUUCAAUGAGUAGAGUGUCCCUGAGAACAAGAUGGAUGCAGGGUAGUGACAAGUUCAAGCAUAGAUUUCUAGAGUUAUCGUUUUGUAGCAACUCCUCAACCUGAUUUUUUAAGCUGCCUACUUUUACUUUUUACUGUGAGCUUCUGUCCGUAACCAUGUAAUUUGUAAUAAUAAUACAUAAAGAAAAACACGAGAGAAAGGAGGACAAGAAGUCCACAGAGGAAUCUGCAUUCGAGGCUGCUUUGCAGAACUACCGCAUUUGUAAGGACUGUUUCCCACUGGGAACUGUGUGAUUCAUGAGCAGUUUUAUGCUUUCCCCCUCGUCUGUGUACGGUGUGAUUGUUGUGUGUUUCAGAAUCUCUAUUCAGAACCAAUAGCUGGUAGUGCCUGCUGGCUCGCUGCCCUCACGUUAGCCUCUGAACAUGCCCUGCACCUAGAGAAGCAGCCUGCUCACCUGCCUCGCCUGGCCCCUCCAGCUGCCAGGCCAGCACCUGACCAUGACCAUUGCUGAUGUGCAACGGGCCUUAAUUGAAAACACACACACACAAGUACACAAUGCACACACACAUACAUGCACAUGAAUACAUGUGUGCACAACCAGCUGUGCAUGCACACACAUGCAUGGACACGUGCACAUGCACACACACAGGUGAUUUCACAGGUAGAUCUGGUCCCUCUUGCUGUCUCCAAUGUUCUAGAAAGCAGCAAGUAGGCAGCUGACAGUGUUCCCAGGGUGGGUGGCAUCUCCCCUCAUCAUCAGAAAGAUUCAGUCAAAUUUGGCCCAGAGCUGAAGAGAAGGACUUGGGACUGUCAGAGAAAACACAACCAGGAAUGGGGGUUAACAGGAUUCUUUGGCCAGGAGAUGGUUCCCAGUUCACCGUCAACCCAAAAGCUCUCUUCAGGUCAUGUCAAACAGACCAGGGCUGUGGGUGUGGCUGAGCCUGGCACUGACUCGCCCACAGGCCACUGUCCAGGUGAGGUCAGGAUUUCAGCCUGGUGUGGCCACACCCUUUACAUCCCUCCAGCCGCUGUCCCCACCCAGGCCCCUCCGAUGGCUUGGCUGCCUUCACAAUCACCAUGUCUAUUAGAGACUGUGCCAUUAUUUUAAUUUUUCAACUUGGCUGAACUGGUCCCCAUCAACAGGAAGAGCCUUCAGAAGUGAAUUUACAGAUUUCCCACAUGUUUGAAAUUAACAUAACAGGAAGUCAGGAGGCAGAGCUUGCAGAGAGUUGAGAUCACACCAGUCCACUCCAGCCUGGGCAUGAGUGAGACUGUCUAGGUAGGUAGGUAGGUAGGUAGGUAAGAAGGAAGGAAGGAAUAACAGACCUGGAUGGAGUUAUUGCGAACAUGUCUUAUCAAUGUUGAAGGGCCACCCAUCCCUAUAGGGACACAUCUACGUGGGUGGUUUUGUCUGCUGUGAAAAUCUAGGGUUAGAAUCAUGGAAGCAAACUGCAGGGAUUCUUAAUCAUCCUGCUCACGUGGUGGGCAUCAGAGGGUGUCUGCCUGGCCCCCAUAGCAUCAGGACAGUCGGACAGGCCAUGAGUGGAUGGCACUCUGAUCACCGCCCUUUGCAGUCCAGGAAUAUAUCACUGGGCUGGGGCCAUGCCCUGUGCCCUCCGGAAGACAAGCCUGUACACUUUCUAUGUGCCAGAUGCCAUGCACAGUGCCCUAGUUCCUGUAGCACCAACACAUCCCACACUGGUGCUUAAGUGCAUGCAAACAACUUUGGGGGUUGUGGCCCGAAAAGCUCAAAUGUUAAAGUUAAGCAGUCAGGCAAGCUAGAAGAGGUCAGGACCCUCCUAGAAAACCCAUUCGAUGACACGCAUUUCCCUCACCUAUUCAGCAGAUACUUGCCGAGCGCCUGCCGCUUGCCUGGCCCCAGACCCAGGGCCCAUCUGGGAGCCAUUCCUGCUAUAGCUGGGACCACCUGUGAAAUGACUGGUUGUGCCUAACAGACAUGCUUAGAUUCACAAAAUGAAAUCAGAACACUUACCUGUCCUACUCAUGAAAGUGACCUUGGAGGUAUCAUUGCCCCCACCCCCCCAGUUUCUAGUCCAAGCUCCUGGCCAACAGCUGGUGCUAGAUAGAUGCUUGAUGAAUGAGCAGGUUUGACUAUUAGUUACUCUGUACCUAAAACGCCUAUCUUCACCUCAAAGCCCUGACAGAUUUGCCCUUGACAGACUGAAAUCCAGGGCUGCUGCAGGGUUCACCUCCAGGAGGCACCAUUCAUGAUACCAUCCCAUAAAUGGUAAUGGGCUCCCAGGGAUGCUGUUUAUAUAGACUCCACUGAGAAUGGUGACCCUUGGGUUUGUACAAUGAGGCACCCUGUUGAAUGACCCUAAACCAGCCUCCAAAAUGUGCAGGAUCCCACAUUGGUCAGCGCCAACCCUGAGCACAAGAUCAAAAACCGUAGAUGACGUGGCCACCCUGGCCACAACUGGAACCAAGCUGGUGGCCCGAGAGAGAGCCUCUUUUUGGAAUUGCACGUCAGUUUCUCAUACCCAGUUUCUUCCUAUUUUUCCCCAUUUCCCGUUUUAAAGCUAGUGGCAUACAUCACAGUCAAAUAACCAAGUGGUCAGUGUCUGGACGAUGUGCAGUAAUGAGGUGGGGGCUGCAAAGGUGAGGGGCUCAGUCACCUUAACAAGGCAGGAAACCUCCCACAAAAGGCGGAUGUGUCCUCCCCAGGGCCAGCCGGACAAGGGCACGCAGCGGCAGGGGUGGGGGAUAGAAAUAUUUUCUCUCCUGUAAACUGACUUCAUGUGAGCAGGCAUGGGGUCUCUCUGAGAGCUGAUAACUGGGAAAACCAAAAACCAAUAAUAUUCCUAAUAAUAAUACUAGAAUGUAACAAUAAUAAUGUGUUUUUCACUGACCGCUGUUGCUCUGCUUUUGUCUUUAUAUACAGUAGUUUUUAUAACAAUGUCCCUAGGUUUUAAUAAAGGAGUGUCAUGUCAACUGUUCCCUA